AUGCCUUCUAAUCUUGUUGAAACGGACUCUCCGUCUUGUUCUACGCCUGGAGAGGGCGGUGACCAAACCUCCCCCGGUCCCACAGAAAUCAAGUCCGCUAAAGCGGAUAAGAUGAUUGACCUGGCUUAUAACUUAGGGUUUAACAACCAUUUUCUGGUUAACCCUGUUGGGUUUGCAGGUGGUCUCCUUCUUUUUUGGAAACAGGGUCACAUUGACCUGGAGAUUAUUAGUCACAAUUCUCAAGCCAUUCAUACCAGAGUAUGGAGGAACAGUGGGGGGAGCACUAACCCCAACACCAACCAUUUCCAACGGUUUUCUGAAGCCUUCGGGGACUGUAAUCUCUUGGAUCCGGGAGCUUCAGGACCUAAAUUCACUUGGCAUAUAUUGGUGGGGAAUAGGGUGAUUCAAAUGAGGAGGCUAGACAGACUCUUUUGGAACAUUGAAGCUCAAUUAGCCUUCCCCGAAGCUAAACUGUUGGUCUUACCUCGCCUCUAUUCAGACCACAAUCCUAUCUUGUUUGUGGAAGAAGCGGGCCAACCACCGAACAGGAGUUCGAGACCCAUCAGAUUUGAAGCAGCUUGGCUCAAUAGAGAUGACUAUAAUCUCAUUUGGAAAGAGGCCGUGAGUAAUACCAACCAGUCGUUUACAGACAUCAUCUCUACGGUGACCCGUAAAAGCCUGCUUUGGAACCGCAACAAGUUUGGUAACAUCUUCAAAAGAAAACAGAAUUUGAUCACAGAUAUUCAAAACAUUCAAAACAGGAGUGACUUCAUAGUGUCUCGGGACCUCCAAAAACGGGAAAGGGACCUCAUUAAUGAUCUCAAUGAAGUGCUGGACCAAGAGGAAGCGUUUUGGUUUCAGAAAUCUAGGAUGGAUUGGAUCAAAGACGGUGAUCGCAAUACCCGGUUCUACCAGAACGCUGCAGUGAUCAGAAGGAAUAAGAAUAGGAUCCGGUUCCUCAAGAUUAACGGAUCUUGGACGGACAAUCACCCUUCCCUGAGCUCUCACAUUACAGACUUUUUUACUUCCCUUUUUUGCAGAGUGGAAACAAUCGACGCGGCUGUCCUAACCCCGGUGGCAGAUGAACACACCAUAACGCACACCCAGGCGAUGGGUCUGUGCCGCCAGGCACCCCUCGAUGAAGUUAGAAAGGCGGUCUUUGGUAUGAAGAAAUAUGGGAGUCCGGGGCCGGAUGGGAUUCCAGCGAUCUUCUACCAACAUUUCUGGAGUGAGGUGGGCCAUUCAUUGACAAAUAUGGUCAAUCAGGCCCUGGUUAGUGGCAUGGUUAAUAACUCUCUCCUGACGGCCUUCAUCACCCUUAUUCCAAAAAAGGAGGUCCUUGAGACUGCAGCUGAUUUUAGACCGAUCACCCUGCUGAAUGUAGCCUUUAAAGUGAUUUCGAAAGUCCUGGUCAAUAGACUGCGGCCUAUCAUGCAGAAUUUAAUUGGGCCGCACCAGAAUAGCUUUCUUCCGGGCCGUUCCACGAUGGACAAUGUCAUCCUUACGCAAGAGGUGGUUCAUACCAUGUCCUCUAAAAAAGGUAAAAAAGGCUUUAUGAUUGUCAAAGUGGACCUUCAUAAAGCUUACGAUAGUGUCUCUUGGUCCUUUCUGGAAGACACUUUAGUUAGAUUCAGAUUUCCGAGAAGUAUCAUUGAUCUUUUACUCUUCUCUCUUCGUGAAAGUGACCUUUCCAUCCUGUGGAAUGGGGGUCGCCUUCCAUCUUUUAAGCCGGGUCGUGGCCUCCGCCAAGGGGACCCUCUUGCUCCGUAUUUGUUUAAUUUGGUGAUGGAAAGACUUGCAUAUGACAUCCACAAUAAAGUUGCAACAGGUACCUGGAAACCGAUCAAAAUCUCAAGGGGAGGGAUUGGCAUUUCUCACCUUUUCUUUGUAGAUGAUCUAAUGCUCUUCGGAGAAGCGUCAGAGAAACAGGCCAAGACCAUGAUUGACUGUCUCAACAACUUUAGUGCAGCUUCGGGUCUCACUGUUAACUUGACAAAAUCUACCACCUUCUGUUCCCCUAAUCUUAAUGCAGGGCUCAGGAAUCGUAUCAAGGAUAUUUUAAAUAUUCCUAUUGCAGCUAACAUGGGGCACUACCUUGGAAUGCCUAUCCUUCAAAGGCGUGUUUCUCGCCACACCUUCUCUUAUGUGGUGGAUAAAAUGCGCAAGAAGCUCGCAACCUGGAAAGCCAGCGCCCUCUCCAUGGCGGGGAGAAGAAUUCUCGUGCAGUCCUCGCUAGCGUCGGUCCCAACAUAUUCCAUGCAAUCGCUUGCCUUUCCGGUAAGUACGUGUACUGACAUUGAUAGAGUUUGCAGGAAUUUUUUGUGGGGGCAUGAUGAUAUCACAAGGAAGAUCCACACGAUCAACUGGUCAGACAUCUGCAGACCUCGGGAGGUAGGUGGGCUGGGCCUUAGAAAAGCCCGUGACUUCAACAUGGCCUUUCUCACCAAAAUGGCGUGGCAGCUGUGGUCUAAUCAAGAUAAACUCUGGGUACAAGCUAUGAAGGACAAAUACGUCAAACAGGGUGACUUUCUACAACUCCCGACCUGCUCAAACGCUUCGUGGGGGUGGCGUAGUAUCUUAAAAGGUAGAGAUAUACUCACCAAAGGAUUAAAGUGGCGUGUGAGUGAUGGCAAAUCUAUUAAUUUUUGGGGAGAUUGGUGGGUGGGUGACCGACCUCUAGCGGAGGCUGUUCCAAAUGGUGGUGUCACCAUCCCCGCCCACACCUUGGUAGAUCGCUUCAUCACUCCUGGUAACACUUGGAACAUCCAAGCACUAAACGAUGUCCUUCCUCCGGUCAUUGUGGACGAGAUUCGGGCAAUUGCUUUACCAACCUCUCACAAUCAGGUAGAUCAACUGACUUGGCCCCAUUCAAAUUCUGGUUUAGUUUCGGUUGCUUCGGCUUUCUCCUUUAUUUCAGGGAAUGACGGAGCGGAGGACCCCUAUGCUUGGAUUUGGAAGAUCACCUGUGUCGAAAGAGUCAAACUGUUCGUUUGGAAAGUGGCGGUUAAUGGUCUUCUCACUAAUGCUGAACGCCUCCGGCGGGGUCUAUCUUCAAAUGCUGAUUGCCCUAGAUGCGGUGCACAUGACGAAUCUAUAGACCAUCUCCUCCGCCAUUGUGAUUUUGCAAAGGAAUGUUGGGAGUCGGCGUCAACACCGGCGGGGUUCAUGGCAAGUUUCCACCUACCUCUCACAGACUGGAUGAUGAAGGCCUGCACGACGCAAACGCAAGACGAUGGAAGCAGAUGGAACACAGUUUUCCCAUAUCUCCUAUGGAACAUGUGGAAAGCUCGCAACAACCUUGUCUUCAAUAGUAUCAACGGCUCGGCGAAUGAUAUCAUUAUCAAGGCGAAUAGGGAAGCGAAGGAGGCUCACAGAAUCCUUCUCAAACACACAGGGCCCUUACAUGCACGGCAAACAUGGGUCGCUUGGUCACCUCCACAGUUAGACUAUGUUAAGAUGAACUCAGACGGCGCAAGGAAAUCCAUUUCAGGUCUAGCCAGUGCUGGUGGUUUAUUUCGGGAUCAUAGAGGGAGGUGGAUCGUUGGGUUCACAACAAACAUCGGUCGCACCUCUAGCUUUAGAGCAGAACUUUGGGGAUUUCGGGAGGGCUUGAUCGUUGCCAUCCACCGUGGCUUCACUCACCUCAUCGCGGAGUCCGACUCAGAGGCCUUGGUGAAUGUCAUUGUUAACAACUCUGAUGACGGUAGCCUGGAUUCCACCUUAGUUGCGGACUGCAAAGCCCUUGCACGCCAUUUCCAGGAGUUUAGGCUUAAUCACACCCUACGGGAAGGGAACCAGUGCGCUGACUUCCUUGCAAAUCUCGGGCAACACUCAGCUUGGGGAACGACUCUGUUAGAUCACCCCCCGGACGGACUGACCACGCUUCUGGCUCGGGACGCCCAAGGGGUUGCUUCGUGUAGACGGCAUUAG